UGACUGACGAUAUACAUAUCAAUUAGCGACUAUAUAAAACGAAGUUUUAGCUCAGAUCAUCAAAACAGUAACACUUACCAUUGUAAUAUGGCGAUAGUACACAUUGUGUUAGUGGUUCUGUGCUCGGUCCUUGUCCGUGGGUCCACAUUGGACAGGAUAGAAGAGGAACUCGACAGUCGAUCAAGCAAGCGCCUAGAUGAACUCCUGGAAAACGUAUUCGAGCGUCUGGAAAAGAGAAGGGAACCGGCAAUUGCAGAGGUCGAAAAGGUUGGUGCUGAAGGUAUCGAUUUCCUGCCCGUCAAGCCCCCUGUGCUUCAGAAGCCAUGCUGUGAAAAAGGGGAGACAAUUGUGGACCUCCGGGAGGGCGGCGUGUGUCACACUAACGGGGGAGCGGCGGAAGUCCUCACCAAACCAACCGGCCCAGCUUCCGACGAGAAACAGUGCAACAAGCAGGCGGUAUUGAAGGUUGCGUUUGACAAGCUUGAAUCGUGCACGUGUUGUGCGAAAUUCCCCGAGUGCGGUCGCCGGAUGUUGCGCAUCGACCUGGAGCUGUCUUCCGGUCCACGCUCCGGUUUCAUGUUUAACAUUGGGGACAGCAAAUCAAACAACGGCUACGCUGGGGACUCCAAUGACCAAUUCAACGACGCUGAACUCGACGGCAGUUACCCAAACAUCAAAGCGUGGGCGAGUGACAAGUGCAAGGUCAAGCCUUUGAAAACGUACGCAAACGCGCUCGUCACUAAUGCUGUCAGUCACGUGACCAUGUACGUCAGUAACGAGCACGUGCGGGUGACCAAUGACAACGGGUUGGACGAGUACCUUUGUCAUGAAUGUCUGUUUGCCCUUAAUGGCCAACCGGAUUCAAGUCGCGGUGGAAUUAACGAGGAUAUCUACGUGGCCCUUAACCGCGUUGUCGCGGGAGGCAGGAUUGGGGUUGGGGUGUGCUCCGCGAAGCUGUCGUGGGUUUGCCCGGAUUGGCACUAACAUGGUCGCCUGAAAAAGUAGAUUUCUUCUUUAUAUGAACUUUGAUUCGAUAACAUUACAUUGCGACCAUUUGAAUUUAUAAGAACGAAAGAUAAAAAGAACCGCUUUCUUUAAAGUUGAACAAUUAAUAUAUUUACUUCUUACUUAAAUGUAUGUUUUGUGUAUGAAAAGAAUUUAAAAAAAAAUCUAAAUAAAAAAGAUUGGAUUACCAAAACAACUUUCCAAA